AUGGCAUUUGGACUUUUUCAACGUGUAACAUCAUUUUUUGUGCCAUCUGUACAAGUUAUAUCGUCGUGUAUUUUCUUGAUGUUAUUUUUGAUUCAAGUCGACGCACAGAUCCGCUACUCAAUCCCAGAGGAGAUGAGGAAGGGCUCUCUUAUUGGUAACGUUGCACAGGACUUGGGUUUGGACAUAAAAAGGCUUCGUUCUGGCCGAGCUCGUAUCGUGACUGGAGAAAAUGUUCAGUACGCCGAGCUGAAGACAGACAAAGGGACUCUGGUGGUGAAUGAGAGGAUAGACAGAGAGCAGCUCUGUGGAGACGUGACGCCCUGCAGCUUCACGUUUGAGAUUUUACUGGAAAACCCGAUGGAGUUACACCCUGUGACUAUAGAGGUGCUGGAUGUAAACGACAACGCUCCUACUUUUCAGAGUAAACGCUUGGAUUUUGAAAUCAGCGAAUCAGUCACAAUUGGCUCUCGUUUUGAUUUGGAAGCUGCACGAGAUGCUGAUGUAGGAGAAAAUGGGUUACAGAACUAUAAAUUAAACCCAAGUGACUAUUUUGCUUUUAAGCAACAUCUUAAUUCUGAUGGUAGUAACUACAUUCAAAUGGUGCUUCAGAAGGCAUUAGACAGAGAGAAACAGUCGCAUCUUAAUCUUAAACUGGUGGCUGUGGAUGGAGGAAGUCCGCAGAGAUCUGGUACAGUAAAUAUAAAUGUAGUGGUCUUAGAUGCCAAUGACAACACCCCUGUGUUUAAUCAGAGUAUUUAUAAAGCAUCUGUGAUGGAAAAUUCUCCCAGAGGUACACACAUUCUUCAACUAAAUGCCACUGAUAUAGAUGGUGGGGCAUACGGACUAAUAACAUUUUCCUUUUCCAAAUCAAACGCACCAAUGUCUGACUUCUUUGAAAUAAAUGAGUUCACAGGGAGUAUUUCUGUCGCUAACGAUAUUGACUUUGAAAAAGACCAGAAAAUAGAGUUUAGGGUUGAAGCUAAAGACCAAGGUGGGCUGACGGAUACAAGUAAAGUAGAAAUAGAUAUAAUUGACGAAAACGACAACGAGCCUGUUAUUAACGUCAUGUCAUUCACCACUCCAGUUUCAGAAGACGCUCCCGUGGGCACCACCAUCGGUAUAAUUAAUGUUAAAGAUUUGGAUUCAGAUGAGAACGGAAAGGUGAGAUGCUCAGUGGAGGGAAGCGCUCCUCUUGAGAUUAAAUCUAAUAUUAGAAACUAUUACGCGCUGGUAACCAUUUCGCCGUUAGACCGAGAAAGUUUAUCAGAAUUUAAUAUCACAAUAAUCGCGUGUGACUCAGGAAAGCCUCCGCUUUCUGUAAACAAAACUUUGAAUUUAAAGAUCUCAGAUGUGAAUGAUAACUCUCCAGUGUUCUUGCGUACGGUCUACAGCGCUGCGAUAUCAGAGAACAAUUACCCAGGUUAUUCCGUGCUAAGUGUCGUUGCUAAAGACCCGGAUGAAAACCAGAACGCGCGUGUAUCUUAUAUUUUAGAGGAGUGUGACAUUGGUGGCUCUCCUGUUUCUGGUUAUAUCUCUGUUAAUUCAGAGAACGGAGUUAUUAGUGCCGCGCGCUCAUUUGAUUAUGAACAAACUAAAGAGUUUAUGUGCGUAAUCAAAGCGCAGGACGGAGGCUCUCCUCCUCUCAGCACCAAUGUGACUGUGAAAAUCCUGGUUCAGGAUCAGAACGAUAACGCCCCUCAGGUGCUGUACCCAGUCCAGACUGGGGGCUCUCUGGUGGCUGAGAUGGUGCCUCGUUCAGCAGAUGUGGGCUAUCUGGUCACUAAAGUGGUGGCUGUGGAUGUGGACUCUGGACAGAAUGCCUGGCUCUCCUAUAAACUGCAGAAAGCCGCAGACAGGGCGCUGUUUGAAGUGGGCUUACAGAAUGGAGAAAUAAGAACUAUCCGCCAAGUGACUGAUAAAGAUGCAGUCAAACAGAGACUGACUGUUAUAGUGGAGGACAACGGGCAGCCCUCUCGUUCAGCUACAGUCAUUGUUAACGUGGCGGUGGCGGACAGCUUUCCUGAAGUACUGUCUGAGUUCACUGACUUUACGCACGACAAGGAGUACAAUGACAACCUGACUUUUUACUUAGUGCUGGCUCUGGCUGUAGUCUCCUUUCUGUUCAUCACGUGUGUAGUGGUCAUUAUCUCAGUGAAAAUCUACAGAUGGAGACAGUCUCGCAUCCUGUAUCACUCCAAUCUGCCAGUGAUCCCAUAUUAUCCUCCACGUUACUCAGACACUCUGGGCACAGCGACUCUCCCACACGUGUACAAUUACGACACGUGCAGGACCACAGACUCCAGAAAGAGUGACAUUAAAUACAUGCAGCCCAUGAGUCAAAGUUUACUGGACGUUGGUGGAACCGAUUCUGAAGCCCAAAAUUUUGAGAAACAGUUUGCAGGCUCCAAUAUGUCAACUCUGGUGAGUACUUUGAAUAAAGCUAUUUCUUGCUGCUGCAGUGUGGGUCCAGAACGCUGUCUCUGGUGCUGA